AUUUGACUAAGCGUGACACCUUGGUUUGCAGGUGUGAAGAUGGAGUGGGUGGUUCCUCUUGUGAUAUCCUCAGUGCGGCUGGUGGUAAUCUUCAUGCUUCUGGUAGCCAACGUAGCAGCUCUUGUGCGGAUUUCUACCUAUCCCAAGUAUACGAGAGGGUCUCGCGUGUACGAACUAAUUUCCUUCAACACAAUCCUCUGCCUUAAUUUGAUUUACCUGGUGGUCAUUUGGACUCCCUUCACCCUUUUGGCCUUCAGACAUGAUUUGGUAAACCAACAUAAAGACAAUGUAGUGGAUGAUAACUUACAAUUUAGUGGAUUAACAGACGAUGGAGAAGGCUUGCAAGAGUUUAUAGUAGAGUACAUUGAUAUACGUAAUGACCAGGUAGUUGCGGAGGAAACUGAAGAGUUGCUUCGUGUGGCCAGGGCAACACAAGAAAUGCAGAAUGGUUUUAAUGUUCUUCCUGGCUUAAACUCAGAUUUGAUUUUGAAGGCGAUAAGCAAUUACUCCUCACAGCCCUCCAAGGAGCCAUCCUCGCAAGAAACUGCUGAACACUCCUAUGGCAGAUGGAAUACAGAUAUACAAGACCUGGAGACUUCAUCCUUUGCUUAUAGUCUUGCACUUACUGGCAUUUUCAGAUUAAUUGUUUCACGAAGGACACUAUGGCGUCCCAGCCGCCCCUUGGGCCUUGCCUUGGGUCUAGCAUUGGGUUCCUUAAUAUUAGUUAUGCUGCCGGUCUUGACUACUGGACUCAUCAGAUACAUUGGUAAAACUGCCCCCCACUUGGCUCUACAUAAGCCUGAAGUGACUGAAGCUGGCUAUACGAUACGUAAUAUUAUUUGUGAUGUCCACAUUACGGAGGCAUACGUGUUAAGUCUUUUCCUGGAGUGGGCAGCAGUGUGCACGUUGGCCAUUACAGCAUUGGUUCUAAGCUUUACCCUUGUGCCAGCCAAGAAUAAGGAAGGCAGUGAUGUACACAUGGAAGGUUCCAACUGCAAUGUGGAGACGCUGGCUCGUGACUUAGUGCUGGUGUUGGGCGCGUCCUGGGCAUGGCCCCUCAAGCCUCUACUCGCUCUCAUACUCUACUGCCAGUAUGGGCCUCACUGGACUAAUUUGGUGUGUUUCACUGGCAAAUGUGGUGGUAGCAAUUCCCGUGUUUUUAUACCUCUGGCAAUCUUCUUGUCGCGGCCUCGGAAGAAUGUUGACCAGACGCCUUUGGUAUUAUUGUGUCUCCAUGAAGUGGUAACUGAAGAUGUCAGCGUUAAGGAUAAGCCUGAUGUUGCAGUAUCUCGGGAAGCAUGCAACACUGUGGAAAAAAAUUCUCUGAAGACAAUAUCAAAAUGUGGAAUAGAAGGAACUUGUGAUUUACAUAUUGAGAUAGUAGAUACAGAAUAA